AUUCUCUUGUCAAAGGUCAUUCUCUGCUACCCCGUAGAGUCACAUUACAGUUUGAUUUAUCAUCAGGGAUCAAUUGGUAAUCCGUAUUUGCUGACCCAUGUGACUCACUUACCACCACCACCGCGAUCUAUAACCACCUUGAGGUAUAAACAUCUCACCCACCAUCCUCGUCAUCAGCAACCAAGCAAAGAAUAUGAAGACACCGCACCUCCUCAACCACCUUGCCCACCACGCCCACACCAAUAUCCACUAUACUACCCACGAAUCAACCAAGAUAUCAUCCACCAUGACCCCUCCCAAUCCACCAAUAACCUUCACCACCCCGACGGCGCUCCUCCUCAUCGACAACCAAACCGCCUUCACGCAUCCAACCCACUGGGGCCCCUCACGGUCCAACCCGCUCUACGAGCCCAACAUCCAAUCCCUGCUGCUCGCCUUCCGCGCGGCGGCCGCAGCAGCAGCAGCGCAGACGACGCCCACCACCACCGCCAUGGAAGUCAUCCAUGUCUUCCACACCUCGACGGAGCCAGACUCGCCCUUCAACCCGGCGGCCCCGGUCAACGGGCGCGAGCCGCUCGACUUCGCGGUGCCCGCGCCGGACGGCUCGGAGCCCGUCUUCUGGAAAUGCGUCAACUCGAGCUUCAUCGGCACGGGGCUGGAGGCCCACCUGCGCGCGCGCGGGAUCCGCCAGCUGGUCGUGACGGGCUUGACCACCGAUCACUGCGUGUCGACGACCGUGCGCAUGGCGGCGAACCUCGGCGUGGUGGAUCGCGGUCGGGGUACCCACGAGGGCGGGGAGGAGGAUGGUCUUGUGCCCGUGGAUCAGCGCACGGGCGCGCAUGCAAUCCCACCGACGGCGGAUCCAGGGCGCAUUCUCUUGGUAGGCGAUGCGACGGCGACGUGGGCAAAGGGGGGCUUCGAUGCGGAGACGGUGCACGCGGUUUCGUUGGCGAGUUUGGAUGGCGAAUUCGCGGAGGUGGUAAGGACUGAGGAGGUAGUCAAAGCAUUGAGGAAGAUUACAUAGUUUUCUUUAUUGGUCUUUUGUUUUUCUCCCUCUUGAAUGAGGAUACAUAGAGGGAGGAGGAGGAUUCAAUAGCGUAAGUAAUUUGCGGAUUAUGAUAAUGAUAAGAAAG